CUCCCCUAUCCUAUGAUUGAAAAGUUGACUUUCAGUUUCGCUGUUUUCUUCACCGGUUCAGCUGUCACAGAUUUGACUAGUGCCUCUGGUCUGUAGAUAUAGGAACUAAAUCUGUUGAAUAUUAAACUUUUAUAUUAUUAGAUUAUUAUGAUGAUACUGAGGUGUCACUGCUAGCAUGAAGAUCCUUCUGAAAACUUUACAACACAUUUCAUCACGACUACAUGUGGCUCACAGCGUCAUUGUCUGCAGAAGAAAUAUUUCAUCAUCUGGCUCAUGGACCUUACAUGCACUUAAAAGCCGUGGACUGAUCCAGCUGUCUGGGACAGAUGUCAACCCUUUCCUGCAAGGCCUUGUCACAAAUGAUGUCACAGUACUGGGUCCUAAAUGUACCUCAUUGCAUGCUAUGCUUCUUAAUGUUCAGGGAAGAGUGAUGUAUGAUCUACUUUUAUACCAUAAAGUAUUAGAAGACAAUCCAAGUGUAAUAGUGGAACACGACAGAAGGAUAACAACAGAUCUUAUAAAAACAUUAAAAAGAUAUAGGAUAAGGAAAAAGGUGAAUAUAUUGGAUAUAAGUGAUGACCUGCAGGUUUUUGCAGCACUGCCCCCUGGUGAUGAAUCAUGUGAAACUGACCUUUCAUUGGAACAUAAAUCUCUAUACCUUUCUUGUGAAGAUCCAAGAAUCAACACUUUUGGAAGGAGAAUUGUGGCACCUAGUGAAGACAAUAUGAUGAAAUGUGUCCAUCAAGGAUCAGAGUUAAUUCCCUCCACAGAAGAUGAGUACCAUGAGAGACGAUACAUGCUUGGGCUCAGUGAGGGCAUCAUUGAUAUACCUCCAGGCAACUGUUUUCCAUUAGAGAGUAAUUUAGUUUAUCUAAAUGGAGUGUGUUUCCAUAAAGGCUGUUACAUUGGUCAAGAACUGACAGCGCGUACAUUUCAUACAGGAGUAACAAGGAAACGUCUUAUGCCAUUAAAAUUUGAAAGUGUACCCACUGGUUUGUCAGCAGGUGAUAACAUUGUAAAUGAGAAAGGAAAGUCUAUUGGGAAGUUCCGUAAUUGUGCUGGAAAACAUGGACUUGGUUUACUUAGAGUGGCUGAAAUCAAAGGAACUAUUUCAGUAACAAAUACAGAUGGACAAAUUUAUAAUGUGCAAGCUAUGCCACCAGAAUGGUGGCCAAAAGAUGAAGACAAAGGAUAUUUAUGAUGUCUAUAUGAGUAUAUUAGAUCCACAUUUUAAUUAUUGGUAAAUAGUGAAGUCGUGAAGUAUUUAUGAUGUCUGCAUGUGGAUGAAUUAUUUGUUGUUUUACAAUUCUGUAAUAAAAUUGUUUUGUAUUGUUA